AUGAAGACCACUCUUUUCUGGGCCUCUGUUGCCCUAUUUGUUCCACGAGCUCUAGCGAUAUCCGCUACCUCCACUACGUCCGCUGCGACCACUGGCACCUCCACUACGUCGACUGCGACCUGUACAGCUUCCCUGAUCACGACUCUAUGCGACUACCCAGAACCCGACGAAGGCACCGCCGUCGCCAGCUCUGGCAGAGCUAACUGCUGGGACUACUGUAACGCCAACCCUCCCUGCAGCUUUGUGAUCUUCGUUCCAGGCAACCCCACGCUUGGCACCGGCACAUGCUGGCUAUACCCAGGUGAAAGCUACAAUUCGACCGAAGCAAGUACAGACUGUUCCGAUCCCUACCUGGAGGUCUACGACGAGCCCACGUGUUCAGGUGGAAGCGCAACCACCACUUCUGGUGGAUGCGCCGCCACUGCGACUCCCUCUGCCAUUGCCGAGGUCUGCGAUUACCCGGAGCCUGCCGACUGCGAUACAAUAAAUUGUGUUGCCAGUACGGGUGCAGUAAACUGCUUGAGUCUGUGUACCGAAGCCGAUUCUUGCAGCUAUGCUCUCUUUUACGCGGAUAACGAAGACAAAUCGCAGUAUCUCGAUGGCUCUUGCUGGAUCUAUCCCAGCGGCACAUAUGACGCUAGCUCUGCGAGCACUUGUAAUGGCACUGCUGAGCAGUAUGUGUAUGAUAACCCAUGUCCCAAGCCGAUUGUGUCAUCUACUAGCUCUACCGGUACUGCCACUGGCACCGGCACUGCUAGUGUUAGUGCCACUGGAACCGCAGUCAAUGCGUCCUCAACCGCAAACACCAAGAACUCUGCACCCACCAACAUGCCGCUCAGUAACCCAUUGGCUAUUGGAGUGGCUAUGUUAAUGUGGGCUGCCAUUUAA